AUGGAAACGUUGUUCAAUGCCUUUUGCUCUCAACAGCACUUUGGUAGCAUCGAGUAUUACUAUUUUGAUUUUUUUAGAAUGCUUGGGAAUGCGUUAAAGAUUACUAUCAUACUGAUAGCUUGGAUUAGUCACUGUUCGGCACAAUUCGACUUAAAAAACUAUCCUAACAUACCAGGAUAUUAUGAUUCAGAACUAUAUGAUCGCUAUAGAAUAAGACGUCAUUUUAUGCCUCAACGAUUUGGAAAAAGAUACACAAGAUUUGUGCCACAACGUUUUGGUAAAAGACUAUACGAAAUGAUGAAUCGGUGA